UGUUAGCUCAUGAUUUAAUGGGUGCUUAAGUAACACACACCAAGAGUCAUAACUUAUAAUAUUAGUAAAUCAAGUCGAAUCAAGAUACCUUUGUAAAUCAGUCUGCCAAUAGAUAGGGAGACCAUCGUAGGUCUGCCGAUAGGUAUAUGUCAUCAGUCAAAAAUGUAACUAACUACAAUUUAUGUCUUUCCAGUUUCCACGCAAAUGUUAAUUUUUUUGUAGAAUAGAAGAUGGAACACGACGACAGAAAUGCUUUCUCCCAAAAAUAACUGACAGAUAAGAGACAGAAGUAUUAUGUUGAUACCGAAGCUAGAGGAAUGAGUUUCAGUAUUUUACAGGUAUUUAUGGAUUUAACAGGAUUAAACCAUUUUAAUUUCAAAAGUCUUUAAUGAAUAUUAUAGCGCGAAUAUCUUAACAAAAUAUGUCAUUAUAUUUUUAUUUGUACGGCAACCUGAUUUCAGAAAUCUUAAUUUCGAGAUCAGACAUUUUCAGUCAAUACUCCCGCCCAUGCACCCGCUGCAGCCAAUCACAGCCAGCCACCCUCGGGUUACCCUUACCCCGACCAAUCAGCGAUCAGAAACCUGGCGACACUAUGGUUAGGGGUGCGCUUUUCAACAGAUACUGAAAAAUGGACUUAAAUAGGGUGUAUGAGGGUUGGGUUUUGAGAGGUGAGUAAAUUUAAUAAAAUGUUAGCAUGAAAAUAUGAAUGUGUAUUUUGAUUUAGUAUAGUUCGUGACGCGGUUGGUUCUGGUUCUGAUCAGAGUGUGCUAGUGGUUCUAAAAGCUUGUGCUGUGGUAGCAGGGGCUGUUUUCUAGAUAAGUGAGGGUGCCAGGUAUCAAGAUUCAUUUCCCGCUGAUGUCCUACGGCAGCGACACGUCGCACGUUUGGAGCGGAUCUGCAGGCAGUGAGGUGUCCCCAUACGGUCCGCUGUGGGACGCACCACCCGCGCCGGUGCCCUACCCCGACAUCCUGGCGUUCCCGCCGGCCGACCUGGUGUGGUCGGCGGCGGGAUGUGGACGUGGCCCGUCGCGCUCGUCCUCCGGCGGCAAGAAGCCGCGGCGUCGCGUCGCGUCAGUCGCGCAACGUCGCGCGGCAAAUAUACGGGAGAGGCGUCGCAUGUUCAACCUGAAUGAGGCUUUUGACAAGUUGAGGAGAAAGGUCCCGACCUUUGCCUACGAAAAACGGCUUUCCCGCAUCGAGACACUCCGGCUUGCCAUCACAUACAUCAGCUUCAUGUGCGAACUGCUGCACGGAUCUCCGCAACCACACCAUGCGCCGCCUAUUCAGAGGCACGUCUUUGAUGGAGAUGUGCCUUGGUGCGGUUAAAAUAUCGAGAAGUUAGUUUUCUGUAUCAGUAUCGUGUCUGUGUAUAUACCAGUAUGUAACUAAGAGCAUACGGAAGGUUCACAUAGCUUAAAAUAUACGUGAACUGGGUCUCUAGAAAACCAUACUAUGAUUAACCUGUAUAGAA